AUGGAUCGAAAUAUCAUAAUUGAUCGUAGAAAAACACCUAAUAAGUAUGAUUCAGCUUCCGUGAUCAUGAUCCACAAAAUUCGUAAUAGUAGUUCAAAUAAUACAAUCGAUAAUAUAUGUAAUUUAUUUCAAACAUAUCAAACACGGGACUUUUGCCCACCAUCAGAUAGUGUCAAGCGAAAUUUAACAAAGAAACACGAUGAUAUUAAACGUCUACAAGCAGAAUUUUCAAUAUGCGAGGAUUGUGGUAUAUAUGUUGAAACAAAAUUAACAAAAAGUACAUUAUGCAGAAACUGUAAUCAAAAAUAUUCUUAUCAAUUUUUUCUUGGUUCCUUAAAAUCUCAAUUACAACAAAUAUUGCAUUUCAAAAAAGAAAGACCAUGGCCAUUUGUUUAA